AUGUUCCAACCCAAGCAACGAAGACUUUCGCCGAGCUUACCGACAUCAAUCGAAAUCUACGGGGCCCUCUUGAGUCGAUCGAAUGAGAUUCCCCAUGUCCCACCGAAACUGUCCAAAGAACAAGCAUUAGGGGUUGCUUCUUGUGGGGUCUGCACGGAUCGCGCUACUCAAGAAAACCGAGACCCUAUCCCCAAUAAGAUCAAUCUACAUCCCUCUGGUUACUCUGUCACGAUCCUUCAACCCGAAGAAAAGAAACGAUCCCAACACCUCACCCUCCUAAGCUUGAACACCGUCUUCAAACCUUCCUUCCGACAACGCCGUGGAUUGAGUUGCGUGAUAGCUUGCUACUUCUGUUCAUCUCAUCAGGCGAUUGUCCCCACCGUGAAUCCAACGUCCCACAAGUCUUCUAUCCAAUAUGCUUUCUUGCCGCCUUCCAAACCUCAGGUUGUGAUCUCGUUGGCAAGCUCCCGCCGAGCCCAUCGUCUGACCGGCUGUCCCUGCUGCAAGAAAACUCGAUUACCAAAAUAG